AUGGUUGAAGGACAUAGUUUUGUACGUGCUACUGUUGGAGGAAUUACAUUUGACUUCAACGCUGCAACACUUCGUACUGUUUUGCAUUUAGGUGCAGAACCAGAGGUAGAAGCAGAGGAAGAAGUAGAGUUGACGUAUGAGUUUGAACUUCUUCUUAGAUAUUCUGAUUCUGAUGACUCAGAAAGUUCUGAGAAUGCUUCUGCUAAUGAUUCUGAUGAUGAUUCUAGUGAUGAUUCUGAUAGUUCUGAUGAUGGGAAUGAUGAAGGUGUAGCCGAUAGUUCAGACGGUUCUGCUGCUGUAACCGAGACAGACAUAGAUGAAUCUGCAAGUGUCGCUGAUGCCCCUCGGAGUGAGCGUCGAACUAAGUUGGUUCAUGAUGUCUCUGCUGCUUCCGAAAGUGAUCAUUCACAUCAGUCUUUUGUUCAAGAAGGUGCUGCUUUACAUAAAGAGUGUCGGAGUAAGGCAUGUCAUGUUGUUCCUGCUGUUUCUGAUUCAACUCACUCCAUUCAUGAUGCACAUAGCCAUAUUCCUGACCGUGCUGCUCAGAUUGAUCCUGAUGUUGCUGCUCAGAAUGAUUCUGAACUGUGUGGAAUUUUUGACGAUAUGGAUGAUCCCGUGAACAGAGCCAGUUCGGUUAGUCCGGUGAAACGGACAGGGGGCGCUGAUCUUAAGUAUACCAGAACUAAGCGUAGACGUGUUGCUGAAGCUACUUCAGUAGCGAUUCCUGAUCCUCCAAGACCAACUACUGCUGUUAUUCCUGCUGUUUCUUAA